GCUUGAGGGCGGAGCUUGUGUCCGAUUUGCCAAUCGCUCACAAGAGGAGGAGAAGGGGCGGGCACGGCGCACCAAGCUCCAGACUACAGCGACAGCACCGGCGACGAUGAUGGCGACCGCGAUGGCUGCGAGCGCCGCGGAGAGGGCAGUACUGGAGGAGGAGUUCCGCUGGUUGCUGCACGCUGAGGUGCACGCGGUGCUGAGACAGCUGCAGGACAUCCUCAAGGAGGCCUCUCUCCGCUUCACUCUCCCAGGCCCCAGCACAGAGGGCCCUGCCAAGCAAGAGAACUUCGUCCUGGGCAGCUGUGGCACAGACCAGGUGAAGGGUGUGCUGACUCUGCAAGGGGACGCCCUCAGCCAGGCGGACGUGAACCUGAAGAUGCCUCGGAACAACCAGCUGUUGCACUUUGCCUUCCGGGAGGACAAGCAGUGGAAGCUACAGCAGAUCCAGGAUGCCAGGAACCACGUGAGCCAAGCUAUUUACCUCCUGGCAAACCGAGAUGAGAGCUACCAAUUCAAGACAGGAGCUGAGGUCCUCAAGCUCAUGGAUGCUGUCAUGUUGCAACUGACCAGAGCUAGAAACCGGCUCACUACCCCAGCCACCCUCACUCUGCCCGAGAUUGCUGCCAGCGGCCUCACGCGGAUGUUCGCGCCUACUCUACCCUCUGAUCUGCUGGUCAAUGUCUACGUCAACCUCAACAAGCUGUGUCUCACGGUGUACCAGCUGCACGCCCUGCAGCCUGCCUCCACCAAGAACUUCCGCCCCGCUGGAGGUGCGGUGCUCCACAGCCCCGGGGCCAUGUUCGAGUGGGGCUCACAGCGCCUAGAGGUGAGCCACGUCCACAAGGUAGAGUGCGUGAUCCCCUGGCUCAACGAUGCCCUGGUGUACUUCACCGUCUCCCUGCAGCUCUGUCAGCAGCUCAAGGACAAGAUCUCUGUGUUUUCCAGCUACUGGAGCUCCCGGCCCUUGUGAGCGAGCGCCUGCCGGAAUCCUCCUCCCAGGAGGGCAGCCCCACUUUGUAGUCCCUCCCUCUCCCCAGCACAUGCCCCCUGUGGUGCCUGUCACUGUCAGGCACCCCCCUGAGUUAUGCAUCCUCCCUCACUGCCCUGAGACACAUCUACACUGCUGAAAGCGACUAUUAGAGGCACCUGGAAGAAGGGCGAGUGCUGGCACAGUUUUGAUGGGGACAGUCAAGGAGGCUAGCUGGGGUGUGGCCAUGCUCCCAAGCCUCCCUUCCUGCACACUGUGGCAACCUUUGGACUGAGGGUGGGACCAAGCCCAGGGCUCUCCCCUCUCCCACUCUCUCAGCUCCCAUCAGUGAGAGAUGGGGCUUGGCACUAAGCUGUGAGUUGCAGGGAGGAAGAGGGACCUGGGCAGGGGGAAGACGCCCUGUAAGCAAGCUGCAGUGCUGGGACCAUUUGUUCUGUGACCUCACCCACCUCUGUGAAAUAAAAAUCAGAAUUUGACUGGA